AUGGAACUCCACAUUUGGCCUUCAGAUUUCGGUCUGCCCACUAUCGAUGUAUCCUCCCUUCAGUUUUUGGUAAGCUGUUCAUAUCCGUACAAAAUUGCGUCAAAAAUUUGAAAAACAUUUUACCUCUAAAAUUGAUUCGAUAAUUAAGCAAAAAUUUGUUGUUAAAAUUUGAAAAUUUCAGGCUUGCUCAAAAAUGUGCGCUUCGCCGGUGAAAGUGGUGCAAUCGGCGAGUCCGUGGCGAUCUCCGAACGGAGAACUGCCGAUGGUCUCGCAGCAGGAAGGAAAAGCGGUGACGGACUUUGAGAAAUUCGUAGAUAUUCUGAAAAAGUGCGGACAAGACGUGGUUAUUGACGCGGAUUUGACGACGAUCGAAAGAGCUCAACUGGACGCGUUUUCCUGUUAUCUUCAUCACAAUUUGUACCCGGCAGUAGUGAGUUUUCACGAAUAAAAAAUCAUUUUCAUAAAAAUCAACAUUUUUCAGCUUCACACAUUCUGGGCGGACGACCUGAACUACAACACCGUGACACAAUACUGGUACGCGUCGCACUUGCACUUCCCCUACAAUCUCUAUUACCUGGAGAAAAGAAAGAAGAAAGCGUUGCGAAUGCUGGGCGCCAAGAACGACACGCUGAUUCUGAAGGACGCGUUCCUAGCGCUCAACACACUCUCCACCAAGCUCGGCGACAACAAAUUCUUCUGCGGCAGCAAGCCGACCUCACUGGACGCCCUCGUCUUCGGAUACCUGGCGCCGUUGCUCCGUGUCCCGCUCCCGAAUGAUCGUCUUCAAGUGCAGCUGUCUGCUUGUCCGAAUCUCGUCCGUUUCGUGGAGACCGUCUCGUCGAUUUAUCUGCCUUUGAGUGAAGAAGAGCUGAAGCGGCAACAGGGAAAUCGAAAGAUGUGGCAAUCGAGAGUUGCGAAGGCGAAAGCCGACAAGGAGAUGGCUAAGACGGCGGAAGAGUCUGCGGAAGCGAUUCCCGACGAGCCGCCCAUGCGCGACGCCAUUCUUUUUACUUUGGGCGCUCUAACUCUUUCUAUUGUGUUCGCAAUUCACACCGGACUCAUUCAAGUGACAGUGGAGGAGGAGAUUGCGACCGACUGA